GUAGACCAUGAUCUAUGAUGUGGGAACUAAAACCUGCGAAAAUCUUUGCAGCGAAAUACUAGUGAUGUAAAUAAUGGCGAGAUGUUUGUAUGUGCCGGUUUGUAAAUAAACUUUGUGUAGUAAUGGGAAAGAGACACCACCACAAAGAAAAGCAGUUGAUCAAAAAUUUGGCUUUUGAUGUGAAGCUAAAUAUUAACUAUCAGUAUGGAAACCAAAGAUAAUUUUGUGGUAUCACCUGGUCAGGAUGGAGAGAAAAUAACUCAGUCAGAGGAACAGAUGUCACCAAACUGUGCCAGUGGUACUUCAGUACAAUUAGUGACUGAUGAUGCUAAACAAUCUCUGAAGAGAGUGGGCAGCAAUAAUGCGGAGGAACAGUGCACUGCAGUAAAACGUGAAUGCAUACAUAACUCCGUGAUAAAGUCAGAAAGAAAAGUAAAAGAUAUUUUGCCAAUUGAAAAGAGUGUGGAUUUGUCUGUACCACAGUUGCCGCCGUGGGAACGCUACUUCACCAAAAGAAUAGUUGGAGAUAUCUGUCUGCUGAUACAUUCCAACCGCAUUGCAGUGGUGACACUUCUUCCCACUCACCCUGUUAUUGCAAACGGCAAGUCAGUUGUCUCAGUGGAUUUUGCCAAACGGGCUGAUAAUUCUGUCCGUGGGAAAGGAAAGAGAGGUGCUCAGGCACUCAAUGUAGAUUCAGCACUUUGCGAACUCUUGUGCAGUGAUGACACCAAAUAUAUAAUACGUGCAUGUAUUGGAGGAAAAUUGAUCGAAGUUAAUUUUCGUCUGAUGAAACAGCCACAGCUUCUCACUAAGCGGCCUCAGGCAGAAGGAUAUAUAGCAAUAAUGUUACCAUAUGAACCACGUAAACAGAAGGAGAGACCAGUAUGUGAUACUCUCAUAGAUGCGGAAGUUGACUAGUUGUUGAUUGCUUGACAUGUCUUAGUGGCUGUGAUGUAUGUGUGGUUUCAGGGAGAGGUAACGUUUUCAGUUUUAAUUUAAUGUUAUUUGUACUUGUGCAGACAGGAAAACAGUUUUUGUACAAUAAGCCUGUGAUAAAUAAAUAAAUAAGACUUUUACUUUUA